AUGAUGUGGUUUGAAAAAUUUCUUUGGUUUGUCAGCUCCGAGAAUUAUUUAGUAAUUGGAGGCCGUGAUGCUCAGCAAAAUGAAUUACUUGUGAAAAGGUAUCUUCGGCCAGGUGAUGUUUAUGUUCAUGCGGAUCUUCGUGGUGCCUCAUCAGUUGUUAUACGUAACAAAAUGGGUGGUGGAGAGAUACCACCAAAAACACUGAAUGAAGCUGGCACAAUGGCUGUUUGUUAUUCCUCAGCAUGGGAAGCAAAAGUAUCUGAUCGUGCAUGGUGGGUUUAUCAGAAUCAGGUUUCAAGAACAACACCAACUGGUGAAUAUUUGACCGCUGGAAGUUUCAUGAUACGUGGAAAAAAGAAUUUUUUGCCCCUCUGUCAACUGCAAAUGGGAUUCGGAGUUAUGUUCAAGCUGGAUGAUGAUUCUCUGGAACGGCAUGUUGAGGAGCGGAAAGUUGCGAUUGCGCAUACUGAGGAGGGCGAGUCAGGAGCAGUGGGCUCCCGAAGUGACGAUGAUGUCUCUUUGCACGGAAGUGAAAGUGAGGGAAACGACGAGAAGGAUUCCGAUGACGGAGACUAUGAUUUUCCAGACAUUCAGGUUAGCUUAAGUAAUAUUGUGCAGCAUGCAAAAGGCACUGGUACAGACGAAGACUAUACGAUCAUUCAAGUAGGCCCCUCGGCGCCUCAAAGGCCUACAGUAAAAUCAGCAGAUGAUGAUACAAGGAGCGCGGAGCAGAUGAAAAAAGACGAGGAAACGAAAGAUGGUGGUGGUGGUGGAAAAGUACGUCCGAUGACACUACGACAGAGACAUAAAGCGGAAAAAAUCAAGAAAAAAUACCGAGAUCAGGAUGAGGAGGAACGCGAAUUGAGGCUCAUGUUGCUUGGCUCAAAACCUAAAAAGGCAAAAAAUAAAAUGCCUUCGAGCAAAAUAGAAGUGGAUGUCAAAGGAAGUAAAACCGAACAUUUGCCUGAUACCGGUACUGGUACUUCUCUUGUUGGAGACUCUCAAAGAGCGCCAGUGGGAAGAAAACCUGGGCCAUCUUCUGCUUUAAAAGAAGAGGAUGAGGAAGAUGUACUGGAAGAGGCAGAUACAGCAAUGAUGGAUGCCGAGGAAACCAGAAUGCUGAACUCGCUAACGUGGAGGCCAUUUGACGAAGAUGUGCUUUUGUACGCGUUGGUUGUAGUAGCUCCCUAUCAGACGAUGCACAAUUUCAAGUAUAAAGUGAAGCUAACUCCAGGAACCGGCAAACGUGGAAAGGCUGCGAAAAGCGCUAUUGCUUUGUUCCAGCGUGAUAAAUCGGCGACUGCUCAUGAAUUGAGUUUGCUGAAAGUGCUUGCAAGUAAUGACCAAAUUGCGAGGAACAUUCCUGGGAAAGUGCGAAUCUCUGCGCCACAGCUGAAUAAGAAAUAA